CAUGACGUUGGACAUACGUGUCUCGUCAGUGUACUUGCAAGCAAAACUGGUGUCGUUGUGUUUGCAAUCUAACUGGUAUCGCUGUGUUUGGAAUCUAACUGGUAUCGCUGGUUACUGAUUGUUGCAGGUGGUUCGUUGUAGCUCAGCCCACUGCUCGAGGUUAUAUAUGUGAUUGGUGCAAUGGGCAGUCUCUUUUUUGCAAAUAGUCGAUGUUUCGUUCGGCAGAUGUUUCCGGUCUUUCCUGCCAUGUUGAGCCGACAGUACAGUCUGGAUAUUUGCACAGAGCUGCUGCGGACCCGGGGAUUCAUCAAUGGCCGCUGGGUUUCGGCCUCGUCCACUUUCCCUGUGCUGGAUCCGGCCACUGGACAAGAGCUGGCUCAGGUCUCAGACUGUGGACCUCAGCAGGCUCAGGAAGCUGUUAGUGCCGCUUACAAAGCAUUUUCCUCAUGGAAGAGUCAGACUGCAAAGGAAAGAAGCCAUCUUCUUCGGAAAUGGUUUGAGCUGAUCACUCAACACAAGGAGGAUCUGGCCAAGAUUAUAACAGCAGAGUGUGGCAAGCCCAUGAAGGAGUCCCUAGCUGAGAUUGCAUACUCUGCAUCGUUUAUUGAGUGGUUCUCUGAGGAAGCCCGCCGUGUAUACGGGGACAUCGUGGCAUCAGCAGCCAAGGACCGUAAGGUACUGCUGCUGAAACAGCCAGUCGGUGUUGCCUCUAUAAUCACCCCAUGGAACUUUCCCAGUGCCAUGAUUACCAGAAAGGUUGGCGCAGCCAUGGCAGUCGGCUGUACUGUAGUGGUGAAGCCUGCUGAAGACACACCCCUUUCUGCUCUUGCUCUUGCUGAGCUAGCAGUGCAGGCCGGAAUCCCUCCUGGAGUCUUUAACGUGGUGCCCUGCUCCAAAGAGAAGGCCCCUGCUGUGGGCGAAAUCCUCUGCACUGACCCUCUGGUAGCUAAAAUCUCAUUCACUGGCUCCACUGCCACUGGCAAGAUACUGCUGAAACAUGCUGCAGACACUGUCAAAAGGGUAUCGAUGGAGUUGGGUGGACAUGCUCCUUUCAUCGUCUUUGACAGUGCAGAUGUGGACAAAGCCGUAGCCGGGGCAAUGGCCUCCAAAUUUAGAAACUCUGGCCAAACUUGCGUAUGCUCCAAUCGCUUCCUGGUGCAAAGUGGGAUUUAUGAUCAGUUUAUGGAGAAGCUGGGGAAGGCAAUGGACACAGAGCUGCAAAUGGGCCACGGCUUUAAUCCCAAAACCACACAGGGACCCCUCAUAAAUGUCCGUGCUGCUGAGAAGGUGGAGCAUCAGAUUACAGAUGCUGUCUCACAAGGAGCUGUAGUAUUGAAAGGUGGGAAGAGACUUGAAGGUUCUUUCAUGCAGCCCACACUACUGUCUAACAUCACAACUGACAUGCUGUGUAUGCGAGAGGAGACUUUUGGUCCCCUGAUACCAGUUCUUAAAUUCAACAAAGAAGAGGAGGCUCUUGCCAUUUCUAAUGCAUUACCUGUUGGAUUAGCAGGCUACAUUUACACUCAGGAUCUGAGUCAGCUCUGGCGAGUGGCUGAGCAGUUGGAGGUGGGGAUAGUUGGUGUGAAUGAGGCUCUUCUCUCUACAGCAGAAGCCACAUUUGGUGGGGUUAAACAAUCAGGUCUGGGCAUAGAGGGCUCUAAAUAUGGCAUUAAUGAAUAUUUGGAUGUGAAGUACAUGUGUCUUGGUGGACUUACUUUAUAAACGUGGUUCAGCCUUUUUUAAAAAUAAAAUUAAAAGUCAUGCACUUACCAGUAAUUAGAGUAUUGUGAUGCAAACCAUUCAUUUUGUUUCAACUUAAAUAAAUGGGUAUUACAGGGAUUCAUUAAUGUUCCAAAUGAAAAGCACUGUUUUGAACGAGGGAAAAAAAACAUUGAAGCAGUAGUUGGAAUUUAGAUAUUACGAAUUUUCACUGUGUGUCUGGUUGUGAGCAGUGAAUAUUAACUUUUUAUAUCCAGCAUAUAGCACUUAAAUACUUGUGUACUUGAUCUCACUUCUGCCGCUUAAUAUACUGCGUUAUAUUGUAAACUUGUUCAGAAUCCCUCUGUCUUUUAAGAAAGUAAAAUUUACAGUGAAAAUGCACAAGAUGUUUUAAUAAAAAAAAUGAAUUGCUAUUCAAUUGUGUAUAAUUCAGAGUAGAUUGUGUUUCUGCAUUUUGCAUGGCUAACAGUGUUGUGAAAAUUGUAAUUGUUGUGAUAAGGAUAUUUUUCUACAAAUUUUUACUUCCUUAAAAUGUAAUUAAUUGAUUUAUCAAACAGUAAUUAUUAAUGGACUAAUAUAAAACAUCAAAUGACUGUGAUAUGAGUGUUAAAAAUAUAUGUUCUGGGGAAAUAUUGUGUUCAUUCAAAAAGUGUAAUGGAUCUGUAAAGUGUAUUUCUUUCUUCUGUUUUUAAUAUCUGAAUAAUUCUAUUAUCCUUAAGUAAAUGUAAUUUGCCGAAUCAGUGUAUCGCUACAUGUUUUCCAUAAAUGUGAUUUUGAUUCUCAAAUAUCACAUUCAUCACAAUCUCACACAAAAAAAUCAAAAAGCACUGUGAAUUUACUUUGAUAAAUGAUUGCUGUUAUGACUAGCAAAGGCUUCAAAUAAACCACAUUUGUAAUGAA